UUUCUUUUGCGGGAUACUUUUUAUAGCCAAAUAAUAUAUAUGAUCGUCCGAUCAGCGAUCAAUUAUUCAUGCGGUGACGUCUUCAGUGACAAGACGUUGUACUUCUUCGUUCAGAGGCAGGAGAUCCCUGAGGAAAGAUUGUCGCCAGUAAGUAAGAAAAUGAGGGCAGAGAAGUAAUAUCGGACAUCACAUCCAAUCGAUUGACCAAACGUCAAGGGGACAUAAAACGCAAUGAGUGACGACGCGACGAAAACCGAGUCCGGUCCGACUCCCGACCCUUACGAGGGAGAGGGUGAUGGCAAAGACCGCAAGAAACACCCUGGCUUCCCCAAGCGCUAUAUUGUGGCAAUCAUGGUAUUUCUUGGCAUCUGUGUGCAGUACGCACUCAGGGUCAACCUUAGUGUCGCCAUUGGCGCCAUGUGUAACCCACACACUGUCACAGAGAACGGCUUCACCAUCAAAAAGCCAGCAGAGUUUGACUGGAGUUCAAAGCUUCAAGGUACAAUCCUCGGUGCAUUUUAUUAUGGCUACAUGACCAUGCAGCUACCCGGAGGAUGGCUUGGUCAGAGGUUCGGAGGGACUCGGGUGUUCGGAAUCUGCCUCGGAAUAGCUUCGGUGCUCACGAUGCUGACUCCCCUUGCAGCACGAACAAGCGUCGUCGCUCUCAUCACACUUCGAGUUAUCGAGGGUCUAACCCUGGGGGCGUUGUUUCCGUGUAACCACGCCAUCUGGAGCAAGUGGGCGCCCCCGUCUGAACGAACUCGUCUCUUCACUAUCACUGUCGCAGGGUGUCCAGUAGGCACCAUCUUGUCUAUGCCAUUGAGUGGACUGAUGUCCAAGUAUGGAUUUGAUGGCGGUUGGGCUUCAGUCUUCUACUGCUUCGGUGCGGUGGGCUUGCUGUGGUUUUUUGUUUGGCAGCUGUCAAUCCACGCCACGCCCUCUGAGCACCCGACCAUUUCCGAGGAGGAGAAAGUGUACAUCGAGACCGCUAUUGCUGAUCAGCCUGGAGUUAAGGCGGUUCAUUCAGCAAAAAAAGAUGGCGCCCAUAAAUCCAAUAUGGCGGCGCCCUUAGACCAAGAUGGCGACGACCACAAGCCACCAAAAGCCUUGCAGUCCGAGAAGCUGUCGAUUCCCUGGAAGUCGAUCCUGACCUCAGGGCCCGUGUGGGCCAUCAUCAUCGCAAACUUCACCGCAGACUGGGGCAUGUACACCAUCCUCAUCUGCCUACCCAAGUACUUCAUCGAGGUGCUCAAGUUCGAUCUGGCAAAGACUGGCUUCCUGGCUGCCCUCCCCUACGUGCUCAAGGCGUUUGUCGGGCCAACAGGAGGAGUUAUCGUUGAUUGGCUCAUAAAGAAUAAACUGAGCGUCAAGAACACUCGACGAUGCGUCUUCACAGUUGGUUGUACUGUAGCAUCAAUCUUUGUCCUUGCAACUGGCUAUGCCAACCAGCCAUACCUAGCAGUCGGUCUUCUCACAAUAGGCGUGGGAAUAACUGGAAUUAACGCCGCCGGUUAUGCGGUCAAUAUCUUGGAUAUUGCCCCAAAGUACGCUGGUGUCAUCAUGGGUGUGACUAACGUGUUCGGCGCAGCACCAGGAUUUAUCAGCCCCCAGAUCGUUGGCAUAAUCACACCAAAUAAGACUGCUAAGGAGUGGCGGGUCGUCUUUUGGAUCACCUUCAUCGUGUACAUUGUGGGAAUCGUCUUGUUCGGACUGUUAGUGUCCGGUGACAAACAAAAGUGGGCCAUGGACGAUCCCUCGGGCGAGAAGGACGAAGAGAAGGGAGAAAAAAAGAAGCAGCUGAAGGCAGAUGAAGAGGAUGGGAAGAAGGAGGAGGAGGAGGGAGAAAAGGAGAAAACAGAAAAAGCUGAGGAGGCUUCGGGAGAACCUGCGGGGGCUCAUCCUACUGGAGCAGCAGAGGAAGAGAAGAAAGACGAGGAAAAGACGAAAGAGUAGAGACCACGAAAGAAAAAGUGUUAUCAAAUCACUGAAAACACCAGCUGAGUAAUGGCUGUGGACUGCUUGAUGCGUACGUCGACUAAGAUAGUUGUACCUGUAACCCCAUGAAGAUAACAAAAGUGACAGUUAACAUAUGGACAUUUUUAGCAAAUUUGCCGCUACGUCUAGGCUCAGAAACCUCAAAAUGUCGUGCUUUUUGAGUACGCGCCUGCGAAGCAUUUAAAAAUUUCGGUUGACCUCUUCUCUCACCCCCUCACCCCACUGUGCAUGAAAUUCGCGGUGAUGGGAAUAUGCUGUCAGAGAUCAGUCGGGACAUUCUGGGUCAAACACUAUGGCUGAGACCUCGGGACAUUCUGGGUCAAAGACUAUGGCUGAGACCUCGGGUCAUUUUGGGUCAAAGACUAUGGCUGAGACCUCGGGACAUUCUGGGUCAAAGACUAUGGCUGAGACCUCGGGACAUUCUGGGUCAAAGACUAUGGCUGAGACCUCGGGACAUUCUGGGUCAAAGACUAUGGCUGAGACCUCGGGACAUUCUGGGUCAAAGACUAUGGCUGAGACCUCGAGACAUUCUGGGUCAAAGACUAUGGCUGAGACCUCGGGACAUUCUGGGUCAAAGACUAUGGCCGAGACCUCGGUUUGAAUAGAGAUCGCGUAUUGAAAAUAUAUCUUGUUUUAAAGCUGGCUCUGUACAAUUAUAUGCUUAUGUUAAGCAAAGAUAACUUGUUUAAAACUAAACAUUUGUUUAGAAAUAUUAAAACUGUUAGCGAAAAAUGGAAA